GAUUGCUUUUGAAAGAUGCAACCCGUGGUACUGUUUGAAAGAGAGAGAGAGAGAGAGAUCUCCCAGCAGCUUCGUUUGAGAACCUGGCUGUGCAUCUUUUUCUCUUUCUAUUUUUGUUUUGGUGGCAAAAUAACCCACACUUUGGUAUCUCUGCCCUCUUUGCUUUCUCGUUUGGCAUCGCUUCACAAUGCCGUACCUCACCCGCAAGGAUAACGAUCUGCUCCGGAAACAAGAAUGGCAACUUCUCUCUGGUCCAGGCAACAAGGCAUCAGGAAUUACCUCUACGACGACAGCUCAUGUGCUGAGCUCAUUCCCAAACGACGACCAGGAAGACGACGACAGAGAUGACAAUAGCCUCUUUCUCAAAGAGUACGGCCAGGAUACGUUUUUGGUCAAAUCCUAUUUUUCAGAGACCGAGAAGUCUUAUGUCAUCCUGGUGACGAACUUCAAGCAGUGCUGGUGUGAGAAGUUGCAGAUCGAGGGUAUUCGCGAACGGUGCAAGGAAAUCAGGAGCUUCGCAUAUGAGGAAGAUUCGCAGUUGGAGGCAUUACUUUUAUCACUCUCGGCCAUUUUUGCGACAGAGAAUCUUGAUGCGGCCAAAACACCUGGAUCGUCUGCGGCAUCUUCACAGCCACAACUUGCAAUGCGUAACAGAACGUUGGUUUUGAUGGUGGGAUUCAAGUUCGGUUUGGCGAGUGUGCAAUGGAACUUCAAGCUGAGGCCCAUGAUCCAGGCAACGGGACUUCACCACCCAAUAUUCACGUCGUCCUUGGAGCCAGACUUGUCCGACGAAGAGCUCUCUUUGGAAACCAUGUCGAAAUCCAAACGGAAAACGAGACAGAAGCGAAGCAGGAAUUUCCUUGAGGAUAGCGACAAUGAAGACAACAAUUCCAGGAGCGAGAGUGAUAACGAGGAUAAGAGUGAUGACGGGAACGAGAGUAGCAGCAGCAGACAAAAGGCGAGGAUCCCUGUCGAUGGCAUGUCUGUCCUAUUCGAUCACCUGGUACUCCCUCUGAUCUCGCUGACCAACGCUUAUCGCAAGCAGGCGAAGGAUCUCGAGGGAAUCAUUAAAUCCAAAGAACAUGAGGUGGUCGAGGCGCUUGAGAUGUUAGAGCAGAGCGGGGUUGCUUAUCACCACCGACGCAAGGCCACGGAGAGGUAUGAUAGAGCGCGCACAGAGAUGCGGUUAAAUAAGGAUGUCGAACAAUUGGUCAAACCGCAGAUGUUUGGCCCAAGGGAACUGUUUUCAGAGGAUAGGAUUCCGGCGCUGUGUUCGAUUGUUUCCAAGAACGCAGGAGACCAAGAUAUACCGAUAUCAUCGUUUGAGCAAAAAGGUGAAUUACCCUCAGCAUCACUAACUCAACAGGUCCAAGCAUCCUCCAGUCAGGGUGCACGUGGGUCCGCAACAGCAUCAAUACUAAAGGAUUCUGCCUCAGUUCCAACCGCUGGCGAUGAAUCUCGCAAUGCAGAGGGAACUAAUGUCAAGUCAUCCAAAGAAGCAGAGGAAAUGGAACGAAGGCGGGCGCUACAGGAGCAGCUUGACAAAGAAAAGGCUGAAAAGGAAAAAGCGCGGAAGAAAAAAAAGCUGUUCUAAAUGUUCUCUGUCUUGUCAAACCAUGAGCUGCCUGCAAAUCAUUUGUUGCUCGGCCGGACCCCUCGGUGUCAUAUCCAGUGUUAUACCCAGAUACUCGGAAUAAAUGAAUCCAUCUUCAUGUCCUGCCUGAAUCACACCGUCAAAGCCACAAUGAUCCACUCGACUCCUUCGGCUUCAGCAGCAACUCGAUUCCUCCCUGUCUACC